AGGCAGGAAACAAAGAGUGGUUCAGUUUUGGCCUGGCUGUGAAGGUGAGCGGAUGGAGUGUCAGUACUGUUACUGGAUUUGUAUUAAUAUUACGUUUGCAAGACAAUUGAGCGGCAUAGUUUGUGUUGACACGGCUUAUUACCGCAGUCUGCACAGCGUCUGCAGUGUGGCAAGCCUUCGCCUCCUCCGCCCCCCUGUCAGGUAUGGAGGGGUUGGGGAAAGGAGGUCGUGUUCCUGGGGCUGCCCCUGACAGGCCAGCUGACGCCCCUUGAUGUCUCCAUGGCCGUGGUGAGGCAGGAGAGGACUCAAGUUUAAAACAACACUCAAAUGGCCUCUCAACCCUCGAUCUCUCACUAACCCUAACGUGAGUGAAGUCAAAUUUGCCUUAGCGUUAAACACUCACUCAACCACCCGCUCCCUUACUUUCACAGUUGGCAGCCCUUGAAAGACGAAUGAACUUUAUGUUCUCUUGCAAAAAUGCAGCGAAGUGAACGAAUGCAGCACAUAGGAGAAGAGGAGAGGAUACUUCUAUUAGACUUAAUCAAUGAAAGAAGAGCUGUUCUCCUCAGCAAAGCCACCGACGCCCGCAUUAUACCGGUCAAGGCAAGAGUAUGAGAGGAGAUCACGAACUCUUGCUGCCAGUGGUCUGGGGCCGCAGAGGACUGUAAAAACAGAUUAAGAAGAUUUGGAAAACAUGAGAUCAAGGGCCAAGAAGUUUGUUAGUGACCAGAAGAAAAAACUGUGUCGAACAGGAGGUGGUCCUCCAAGUCCAGUCGUCAAGCCAGACCCUGUAUUGGAGAAAAUCCUUGCUCUCAUCGCAGACGAGCUAGAACUGGACCCAAACCACAAUGACAGUGACAGAUGGCCAACAGGAUGGAGAGCUUAGGAUACAACACGGAGGGGGGGUUGAAGGAGCCUUAGGGAUGACUGAAGGACGGACCUUGAAGGAGGGAGUCCUGGAGGUGAAGGAAAUGCAGAAAAUUCCUCUAAUACUCAGCGCUUCUCUGGUCAGACCAUCCUUCACUGAAUAUUUGGACCAAGGCUUCGAGAUACGAGCGCCUCCUCCGCCCCCCUGUCAGGUAUGGAGGGGUUGGGGAAAGGAGGUCGUGUUCCUGGGGCUGCCCCUGACAGGCCAGCUGACGCCCCUUGAUGUCUCCAUGGCCGUGGUGAGGCAGGAGAGGACUCAAGCAAAGCCACCGAUGCCCGCAUUAUACCGGUCAAGGCAAGAGUAUGAGAGGAGAUCACGAACUCUUGCUGCCAGUGGUCUGGGGCCGCAGAGGACUGUAAAACAGAUUAAGAAGAUUUGGGAAAACAUGAGAUCAAGGGCCAAGAAGUUUGUUAGUGACCAGAAGAAAAAACUGUGUCGAACAGGAGGUGGUCCUCCAAGUCCAGUCGUCAAGCCAGACCCUGUAUUGGAGAAAAUCCUUGCUCUCAUCGCAGACGAGCUAGAACUGGACCCAAACCACAAUGACAGUGACAGAUGGCCAACAGAUGUCACUGUUGUUGUUAUUAUUAAUGAGAAGGGAGAGCAGUUGGAUGAGCCGAUGGCCAUGACUGAACAGCCAUCCACAGCAUGCUCAGUGCCUAUUUUGCUCAUGCCUACCAGAGGAAAUGAUAGUGCACCUGCUGCUUGCACCUCUUUUGUUGAGUCAUCGGGAACUGCAGCUUUGCUCUACAGUCCUGCCAUCCACAGCACACCUCUUCCUUUAACUUCUAAGGACGUUCGUGGAACUGUAGUGUCAUCCUCAAGCUCCUCCAACCACUGUACACCACUUUCUUCAACCUCUGUUGAGGUACCUGCAACAGUAGCUUCAAUUUGUAGCACACCUCUUCCUUCCACCUCUGUUUUGGCAUCGGUACCAGUUACCUUUCCAAGUGAAUUGUCACCAAUACAGUCUUCCAGUGCGAGAGGAAAAGUGAGUGGGAAAAAGUUUAAAGCAGAGAAAAGGCAAGUGGAAGACAGUGUUGGCAGAGAGUCCUAUGAAAUGUUGUCAAAGUUUCAAAAGGAAGAACAUGAAAUAGUGAUGCAAAUUCAUAAACAAAACUUAGAAAAUAAAAAGAUGGAAGGGGACUGUCUAUGCCAAGCAAUGAAAAUUAUGUCUUCUAUACAUUCAAGAGUUGAAAACACUGGAAGAUGUGCAUGGAGCUGCAGGUGCAUUUGUAGAUUUCUUGGACAAUUCUAGAAAUGAUAAGGCAUAAAUUUGUUUUGUGGUGUUGCUGUUAGAUCAAGAUCCAAAGUUUCUUUACUCACCCAGUUUAGUACAAACACUUAUAAUAUAUAUAUAUAUAUAUAUAUAUAUAGUAAUCUCAGUGCUUUGUUUGAGGUAUCAUUAUAUUUUUUUGAAAUAGUACAUGGAUUCAUGUGAUAUAGGACUGAUUUAUUAUAUAAUUACUAUAUAAGGGCAAUGGCCAUUGAUAACUAGUCUCCUUUUUUACACCCCCAGUUUAGUAUAAACACUUAGAUAACACUUAGAUAAUCUCUGUGCUUCAUUAGUGAUGUGAUCAUUAAAGGAUUUUUUCAAUAAGACAUACAUUCUUGUGAUAUAUGACUGUGAUUUAUAAAUAGAGGUAAAGAUCAUUAAAACCUUGUCUUUUUCCUCAAUAUGUAUAUUUAUUUACAUUGGAUAAUAAAUUACUAUACAGUUAA